AUGAGAAAAAGAAAUUUUUUGUUGUUUGGUCCGUGGGGCCGGUGCAUGGGGGACGAAUGUGGUCCAGGAGGCAUCCAAACAAGGGCCGUGUGGUGUGCGCACGUGGAGGGGUGGACCACGUUGCACACGAACUGCAAGCAGGCCGAGAGACCCAGUAACCAGCAGAACUGUUUCAGGGUAUGCGACUGGCACAAAGAGUUGUAUGACUGGAGGCUGGGACCCUGGAACCAGUGUCAGCCUGUGAUCUCCAAAAGCCUGGAGAAAACCCCGGAGUGCACCAAGGGGGAUGAGGGCAUCCAGGUGAGAGAGAUCACGUGCAUCCAGAAAGACAAGGACAUUCCGGCGGAGGACAUCAUCUGUGAGUACUUCGAGCCCAAGCCUCUGCUGGAGCAGGCCUGCCUCAUCCCUUGCCAGCAGGACUGCAUCGUGUCGGAGUUCUCCUCCUGGUCCGGAUGCUCCAAGACCUGCGGGAGUGGCCUCCAGCACCGCACGCGGCAGGUGGUGGCACCCCCGCAGUUCGGGGGCUCCGGCUGCCCCAACCUGACGGAGUUCCAGGUAUGCCAGUCCGGCCCCUGCGAGGACCAAGAGCUCCCGUACAGCCUACACGUGGGGCCCUGGAGCGCGUGCUCGAUGCCACACUCGCGACAGGCCCGGCAAGCCCGGAGACGCGGAAAGAACAAAGACCGGGACAAGGACCGGGGCAAGGGGGUCAAGGACCCGGAGGCCCGCGAGCUCAUCAAGAAGAAGAGGAACCGAAACAGACAGAACAGACAGGAGAACAAAUACUGGGACAUCCAGAUUGGGUAUCAGACCCGGGAGGUGAUGUGCACCAACAAGACCGGAAAGGCGGCUGAUUUGAGCUUUUGCCAGCAAGAGAAGCUACCAAUGACCUUCCAGUCCUGUGUGAUCACCAAGGAGUGCCAGGUUUCCGAGUGGUCAGAAUGGAGCCCAUGCUCAAAAACAUGUCACGAUGUGGCAUCCCCUACCGGCACUCGUGUAAGGACACGUACUGUCAGGCAGUUCCCUGUUGGUGGUGAAACGGAAUGUCCAGAACUUGAGGAAGAUGAGCCCUGUGUGUCUCAAAGAGAUGGAGUUACCCCCUGUGCUAUGUAUGGCUGGAAGACCACAGAGUGGACCGAGUGCCGUGUGGAUCCACUGCUUAGCCAGCAGGACAAGAGGCGUGGCAACCAGACAGCCCUCUGCGGGGGAGGCAUCCAGACCCGUGAGGUGUACUGCGUGCAGACCAACCAAGACCUCCUUUUGCACCUCCAUGCUCACAGAGACAGAGAAGCCUCAAAACCUGUGGACUUGAAAUUAUGUACUGGGCCUGUCCCUAAUACCACACAGCUGUGCCACAUUCCUUGUCCAAUUGAGUGUGAGGUUUCACCUUGGUCAGCUUGGGGACCUUGUACUUAUGAAAACUGUAAUGACCAACAAGGCAAAAAAGGCUUCAAACUGAGGAAGCGGCGUAUUACCAAUGAGCCCACUGGAGGCUCUGGGGGGACUGGAAACUGCCCCCACUUACUGGAAGCCAUUCCUUGUGAAGAACCAGCCUGUUAUGACUGGAAAGCAGUGAGGCUUGGAGACUGUGAACCAGAUAAUGGAAAGGAGUGUGGUCCUGGCACUCAAGUUCAAGAGGUUGUGUGCAUCAACAGUGAUGGAGAAGAAGUUGACAGGCAGCUGUGCAGAGACGCCAUCUUCCCUAUCCCGGUGGCCUGUGAUGCCCCAUGCCCGAAGGACUGUGUGCUCAGCAUGUGGUCUUCCUGGUCCUCCUGCUCCCACACCUGUUCAGGGAAAACCACCGAAGGGAAGCAGAUACGCGCACGAUCCAUACUAGCCUAUGCGGGUGAAGAAGGUGGAAUUCGCUGUCCAAAUAGCAGUGCUUUGCAGGAGGUACGCAGCUGUAAUGAGCAUCCCUGUACUGUAUACCACUGGCAAACUGGUCCCUGGGGCCAGUGCAUUGAGGACACCUCAGUAUCAUCCUUCAACACAACUACAACUUGGAAUGGAGAAACCUCCUGCUCCGUCGGCAUGCAGACGAGAAAAGUCAUCUGUGUGCGAGUUAACGUGGGCCAAGUGGGACCCAAAAAGUGUCCUGAAAGCCUUCGGCCUGAAACAGUAAGGCCUUGUCUGCUUCCUUGUAAGAAGGACUGUAUCAUGUCCCCAUACAGUGACUGGACAUCAUGCCCCUCGUCAUGUAAAGAAGGGGACUCUGGAGUCAGGAAGCAGUCUCGGCAUCGGGUCAUCAUCCAGCUGCCUGCCAAUGGAGGCCGGGACUGCAUGGACCCCCUCUACGAAGAGAAAGCCUGCGAGGCCCCUAUAGUGUGCCAGAGCUACAGGUGGAAGACUCACAAAUGGCGCAGAUGCCAAUUGGUUCCAUGGAGUGUGCAACAGGACAGCCCUGGAGCACAGGAAGGCUGUGGGCCUGGACGACAGGCAAGAGCCAUUACUUGUCGCAAACAAGAUGGAGGACAGGCUGGCAUCCAUGAGUGUCUCCAGUAUGCGGGCCCUGUGCCAGCCCUCACCCAAGCAUGCCAGAUCCCCUGCCAGGAUGACUGUCAGUUGACCAGCUGGUCCAAAUUUUCUUCAUGCAAUGGAGACUGUGGUGCUGUUAGGACCAGAAAGCGCACUAUUGUUGGAAAAAGUAAAAAGAAGGAAAAAUGUAAAAAUUCCCAUUUGUACCCCCUGAUUGAGACACAGUAUUGUCCUUGUGACAAAUAUAACGCACAGCCUGUGGGGAACUGGUCUGACUGUAUUUUACCAGAGGGAAAAGUAGAAGUGUUACUGGGCAUGAAAGUCCAAGGAGACAUCAAGGAGUGCGGACAAGGAUACCGUUACCAAGCAAUGGCGUGCUACGAUCAAAAUGGCAGGCUCGUGGAAACGUCCAGGUGUAACAGCCAUG